AUGGCUUUAAGCAGGCAGAGACGAGUGGAACGGAAGCGGUUAAAGGCAGCCGCUGUCGCAGAAGAGACCAUAGACGCACCAUUGCCUCCUGAUGCCUCAUCUACACUUUCACGGAGCGCGGCGGCCGCGCCGGCGAAGUCCCUACGGCGCGCUAUCUCGACUUAUCUCGCCCUCAGCAAGCCACGGCUGGCCUUUUUGAUUGUGCUUACUACGACUGCGACCUACUCGAUAUACCCCGUGCCCGCCCUCCUCACCCACGCAGCUACCGAUGCGCCAUCUUUGAGCACGCUGACGCUGCUGUAUCUGACCAGCGGGACGUUCCUCGCCAUUGCUUCCGCCAACACGCUCAAUAUGCUCUUCGAGCCGGCCUACGAUGCCAAGAUGAGCCGGACACGUAAUAGACCGCUCGUACGAGGGCUGGUCAGCAAGCGAUCAGCGCUGCUGUUCGCCAUUGCAACGGGUGUACUAGGUACGGCGCUGCUGUGGGAAGGUGUCAACCCGACGACUGCAAUCUUAGGCGCGAGCAAUAUCGCGCUCUACGCCUUUGCUUAUACGCCACUGAAACGCGUGCAUCCAGUCAAUACCUGGGUCGGGGCGGUUGUUGGCGCAAUCCCACCACUUAUGGGCUGGUGUGCGGCUGCGAGCCAGUACAGCACAACCAAUGCUUCACUGAGCGAUCCUGCAUCAAUAUGGACAGAAGCGCAAGAACUUCUCUUCACCGAGCAGGCAGUGGGAGGCUGGCUGAUAGCAGCUCUUCUCUUCGCCUGGCAAUUCCCGCACUUCUUCGCGCUGUCUCACGCCGUUAGGCAUGAGUACGCAAAUGCUGGGUACAAGAUGUUGACGUCUACCAACAUACCGAUGGCUGCACGUGUUUCGCUGCGAUACAGCCUGGUCAUGUUCCCGAUAUGUGCGGGACUGAGCUAUUACAACGUCACAGACCAGGGGUUUGUGGUUACUAGCAGCGUCAUCAAUGGCUGGAUGGCAAGAGAAGCCUUUCGCUUUUGGUGGCACAACGCCGAGAAGGGCUCGGCACGAGCGCUGUUCUGGGCCAGUGUCUGGCAACUCCCGAUCGUGCUUGUGCUGGCUAUGCUGCACAAGAAGGGUCUUUGGGAGAGAGUGUGGAGAAGUAUCAACGGCGAUAUUGAGGGUGAGAUAGAUGAGAUGUACGAGGAUGAUUGA